AUGGCCAAUGUGCACAUAUUGCAAGAUAUCAACUCAAAAGAAUAUCGGCUUGGCAGUGUGCAUGAACAAAAACUUGAGAAAUCUAUGGAUCUCAGCAUAAUGUCUAUAUCCGAGUUAAAGUUAAAUGACCACAAUGAACAAUUGCAGCGUAAUGUAUACAGACAAAGGACUUUAAUCAGGAAAGAAAGUAGUGGGAUAAGGAAAAAGAGCAGUGGGGUCGUGCAACAAAUUACAGAUAAAAUCGAAAGAAAUAACAUCGCUCAAGUCUACGGUAAAAAGAAGUUGGAAUCGGCCCAAGAAAACUCGUCUCUGAAAGUAUCCAAAAUUGAGACUCUCAAGACCAAAUUACCUGAAGUUGAACUGGUAUCAAAAGAAUUGGUAAUACACUCUUUAGAAUCCAAGCUAUCUUCAGAACCAAUCAAGAUCGACGGCGAGAUGGAUGAAAAAAAUAUACCAAUUUCUAAAGAUAUUUCUGCAGAUAGUAAACCUGUAAAGAUCUUAGUAAAUUUUUUUACGAAAAAUAAUGCAAGUGUGGAGUCUUCAACUCAUACGGAGCCGUACAAAAACAUUGAUACCAAGCUUAUUCCUAUACCUUCAGAGGAAAAAUCCUACAAUCAUAUAUGGGAAAUUGGAAAUGUGACUCCGUAUCUUGAAAAACAAGAAUCUACUAUUUCUUUUCCAGUUGAAACGCAUCCUCGAAUUUCAAUGGAGGUAUAG